CCAUGCCUCCUCCAGAUACCAUGUACUGCAGCCAGCAGAUCGCAAUUCCCACUGAACUGCCCGACAUCCUGAAACAGUACACCAAGGCAGCCAUCAGGACCCAGCCCAAGGAUGUGCUGCAGUGGUCUGCAGCGUAUUUCUCUGCGUUAUCUAAAGGAGAGCCCUUUCCUAUCAAGGAGCGAGUGGAGAUGUAUACUGCAACACAGAGGACAGACAGUGGGCUGACCCCUGGUCUGCUCAAAGUCUUGCAUCAACAGCUUUCCCACGAGCAGACGUGCAGCCGGGAGGAGCUGCAGAAGAAAUGGAAGGGGCUGUGUUUACCCAUGAUGCAGCUUGAGACCAUCAUGUCUCUGGGCAACUUCAGCUCAGAGGUCCACUGGAUGCACUUCCUGGCCCUAGGCUGCAGUUCCCUUGGUGGGACCAUCACCAGUGCCUUGAAGUUUGCCUGUGAGCUCCUGACGGAGGAAGAGGAGGGUUCUGCGGCACAGAUCCGCUUUGACACCUUCGCCAGCCUCUACACCUACCUGGCCGGGCUGGACGGGGAGGUCCCCCCCGACCACAUCAGCGGUUACCUCGACAACCUGCGGAUGCAAGCGGAGCUGCAGGGGGGAAUGGUGAAGCCAUCGGACUUCGUUCAUCUCGAGAACGUGGACAUGUCGUCUCCUGCCACGGUGACCUCUGAAGGGCCGUCUCAGCGUGAAGCCAUCUAGCAUACGAGUGCUUUUUGGUUUAAAACGUAAACGAGAGAGAAGGCUGAACUUGCGUGUCGAGUCGGGCUCAGGGGGGGGAGACCCCGCUGAGAACGGACCAGCGAUCAAAUUUGUGUGUCAUCGUGAAGAUUAGGCCUACAUGUAGAUGUGUGGAGGAUCUGGUAUCCAUUUGAAACAGCAUUAAACAGCGUUUAAACCCGUGCACCCUCCCAACCCCCCGCCCCAACCCCCAGAUUGCAUUUGAACCUUUGACCUAACCGCAUAAUGUUCUCAUCGAUCGGAUGUCAAACAUAUUUCUAUGGGGGGCAUAUUUCUAUGGUGCUGAAUCGGGUGUAUCACAGACGCCAUAAGUUCUUGGGGCAUUGUGAAAGAAACUGCCACGAGGCCAUGGCGGAAGAGGCGGUUAUAUUUGACCUUUGGGAGAAGGAACCAAUAUGCCGUGCGUGUCAUUAGUCUUGCGAGCCGAGUGUGUGUUUCUCAAGAGUGUUUUUUUAUCCCUGAGUUUUUUAAUGUAGACAUAUGUAUUAUUUAUGUCACUUAUUGCUUUGCAGCAAUGAUUGAACAAAAUAUGUCAAUAGUAACUAAUAAAGUUGAUUCUCCAUUGUGAGGGUUAGUAUGAGGAUUGUGUUUGCUAAUCUGCACAAACAAACCCAACAAACAUCCACAUGCACACUCACACACUCACACACACUCACACACACCACAAAUCCCAAUUAAACAGAAAAGCUUGGUGAUUAAAAUUGCUUAAUUGCUACUUGUGCUCCAUUGACAUUGUCCAUAUUUGAGUAGCCGGCGACAACAUUGUCUCUAAAUUUAAACGCAUUCGCUUUGCCAGAGCUCUCUGAAUAUAAUCAAUGUUUUUCAUCCCACGCUAUUAACCAAUCAUAGCAGGAGUUUCUAAUCAAGACAUUCAAAUGCGGCGUCAUUAGCCCUGAUCUGUAAAGAAGAUGGGGGGAAGAGAGGAACUGAGUUAAUAGGAAAAAAUCUGCUAAAACACACACAACCUCUUUUCUUUAAACACACUCAGCCCAGCUUAAUUCCGGCCCUCAUUUUGGCUUCGCACACAAACAUAAGCAAACUGUUCUCACAGAUCUCUCCUCUCUCAUUCUGAUUUAAUCACUCAGUCACACACACACACACACACACACAGAGGCGUGUUUGUGCCGAGGUGCACACUUUACAAGAGAUCUUUGUGAGGCGGCCCAGCUCCAGGUAUGUCGAAAGCAGAGAGGGUUUUUUCAGGGAAGGACGGGGCGGGGGGGGGGGCUGUUUUGGUUGAGUGUGGUUUUAAGGAAGGAACCACGGUAGGGCUGAACCAGGGGUCCUAGGGGAAGGCAUGCAGAGACUUGCCUGACUCCCUGGAAGCAAAGGACUCUUUGUUAAUUUAUUUGUUUAAACAUGUGCUCACAGGCCCAGGCAGUGCUCU